AUGCGCGUUACACUUGCCCUGCAGUGGCUGAUAACGCUUGCUCACUGUCAUACCAUCGGCGAUAGCUUUAUUUCCGAUUUUGUCACACUGGAGAAGAGAACUUUAAGAUCAGUCGCGAUAGCAGGUCGUGGUGGACUAUGGCCCUGCGGAGUAGACCAACUUAAGAAUCUUCAGGUCAUUAUAAAAAGUGCGAACGAGCUCGCGCAGAACGCGGCAGGUGUCCUGGACGUCGAUGGUUCCGAGAACUCAGCCGCAUAUCUGAAGUGGUUCGGUAAAGCCAACGCAAAUGCACGAACUCGAAAUGCGCUCAAGACAAGCAACUACGAGUCAUUGGUCAUGGACUUGAGAUUCCCCGGUGGAACAUUUUCAUUCAAUCCUCGCAAGCUCGACCCCAAGGGGCUAUCGUUCGCCUGUUGGCUUGCCUCAGAGCAGCAGUGUAAGAGAGGAUUAAUUGCCAUCGUUAUGGCAGCGGGCUACCACCCUGGAUUCAAAACCAAUUUCAAUGGACCUGUUCUGGCCAUGUGCCCGCGAUUCUUCACCCUUCCUUCGCAAGAUCAGGUGAUCAAGGCUUUGGAGCAAGAAUCACCGGAACUGCAAUUGUCAGCGGAUCUUACGCUCGUGCACGAAAUGCAGCACGUCAGUUUGACGACCGGGAAUGAAAGGUUUUGUGACGACCAGAUCGAGUUGAGCAAGACUUAUGGCAAGGGCAAUGGAUGCUAUGAUAUUAAAUGUUGCACAUCCAUUCCCGACGAAGCCAAGAUUAAGAACGCGCAGAAUUUUGCGCUCUUCGCCCUCGAUAUCGCAGCGUUUCCCCAACGGGGCAAGUGGGAUAACGAGGGAAAUUCUUGUGUCAUCGGAGGUUUGGGAAAGAGAAUGCCCAUUGAUCAAGUACGGCCGCUGAGAGGCUCGGGAAGUGUCUCCGGGCAUGGCAAUCAUACAAUAAGGUCUGGUAGCUGGAUGAAAUCCAACCUUCGGUCUUCGCCUACGCCUCAAGUCUCACCACUGCCCAGAUCCUCUUCUCAACCGCCCCCCUCUUCCCGGCAGACCUCCUCCUCCCGGCCCACGUCUUCUACGCUCCAGCCAAUCCCCCGCCCAUCGCCGACUCAGAGCCUGGCACCAACAGCAACUCCAGAAGUCCUUCACGUGAGCAACGGCGAAACAGUCGCCGCAGUCGUAGGAGCCAUCAUCAUAGCGGGAGCUGGUGGCGGCCUUGUACUCGUCCCUUCUGGAGCGCUUCUUCCCAUCGCCGCGGGAACCACAGCCGUUGUCACCGCCAGCACAGCCGCCAAUGGUGCCCAGGAGUACGAGUUGGAAGAGAAGAAGAAGCAAGACGACAAUAUCCCCACCCCCUCUGUAACACCGAGCGUCCCGGCCUCCGGGACCCCGUCCUACUCGGUCAGCCUCUGCUCGCACGCUACAAGUUCGAACCCUGGGCCGGAACCGGCAACACCGGACGCCCCUGGGUUCACCUUCAUGGAUGUUCUCCUUCUACCCGGACCCGAACCAACCGCAUUCGUGUCAAUGUCGGAGCAUUCCACUACGACCAAUUCAACGACCUCGAUCUUGCCUACCUCAACUACAACUAGCCCUGUAGUCCCAGUUUUGUACCCUAAUCCGUCUCCGACGAGCCAAUCUCCGGGGAAGAUAUCCCCCCCGCCGCCGCCGCCGCCGCCGCCUCCUCCCAAGGUGCUGUACUCGCUGGAUACACCAAUUGAUCCAGGCACCAUCUCGUGCAGCCCUACGGACAGCUUCUCAGCGGUGGGCGGGGUAACUUACGGUUUCUCCUUCGACGUUGACGCGAACCUGAUCGUCAGUAUCGAAACUGGAGUAACAGAUGAAGGAUACGAGGAAGGAUACCACCAGAGCAAGGGAUCAUGGACCGGCACUUUCUACGCCGAAUCAUCCUCGUCACUGCGGAUCUGCGGAUCCAACUCGGGAUCCGGCCCAUUGCCACUGGUAUUCACUAUUACCGAGAAGCCGUUGCAGCCGGUCAAGGCGCCGGCUGGUAAAGAGGUCUUUAAGAUGAAUGAAAUGGUUACUGCUGGUACGACAUCGUGCUUUCCGACGACGGGCAUGGAUAUCCAGGAAGGUAACUACGGCUUCUCGUACACUACAACUGAUGGGGUCAUUGUCCAGAUCGGUGAUGAUAGCUCGGGGCCAAAGUAUUUCACUGGCAACGGCGCUACGGGCGCUGGGCUGAUGUAUAUUGAUUUCUCCGGGGGCAGCAUCUCGAUUUGUGCUACAAGUAAUGGCGGCGUAGAUGCACCCCUAGUUCUCACUAUAACACAGUGA